AUGAAGAUUGUGCACAUGCUGGAAUAUUAUCUAUCGACUCCUCGGACCUUUUCAUUUUUGUCAUAUCUUCUUCUUCUGCAUCGUGAUUAUAGUUAUCCAUUUACACAGACUGGAGCCCUACUUCUUGAUGGGAAUACAUUAAAUUACUUUGGAAAGAACAUUCCCAUUAACCUCAUUGUUGCUGUGGUUGCCGAGAUUGUACUAGUUGGAGGUGCAGAGUAUUACAGAAUUAUUAAUGGCUUGGAUCUGGAGGACAAACUUCACCCAGGUGGUCCAUUCGAUCCUCUGGGUCUUGCCAAGGAUCCCGACCAGGCUGCAUUAUUGAAGGUGAAGGAGAUCAAGAAUGGUCGACUAGCCAUGUUCUCAAUGCUUGGUUUCUUCAUCCAGGCAUAUGUGACCGGACAGGGUCCCAUUGACAAUCUUGCAGCACACUUGAGCGAUCCUUUCGGCAACAACUUGCUCACUGUUAUUGCAGGAACUGCAGAAAGAGCUCCCACUCUGUAAUUCCCAUACACAUGUAAUUUGCUGAUUGAUGCCGAACAUUGUAUAAAUCACUUCGACAAUUUUCAAGGUCGUUAACAGUAAUUGCAACGGGGAACCUUUUUAAUUCA